GAAUGUUUUAUAAGUGAUGAUCACAUUUCAUGCAAAUUGUGGAUUGAGUGUGGCUAUUAUCGGUUUGUGAAGCUUUGAAGAUGAUGUCAGAUAGACGGUGCAUUGAGAAAAGUGCUCCUAUCAGAAAUGAGAAUUUCUCAAGAGACAUUGAGAAUGUUCCUGAAACCGGUUGUCUCUCCAUCAUCGUGCUUGGUGCUUCUGGUGAUCUCGCCAAGAAAAAGACUUUCCCAGCGCUCUUCAACCUUUAUCGCCAGGGAUUCUUGCAACCAAAUGAAGUCCACAUUUUUGGCUAUGCAAGGACUAAGAUUUCAGAUGAGGAGUUGAGAUGGUGCAUUUGUGGUUAUCUUGCCCCAGGCAGGGGUGCUUCCGCAGAGCAUUCGGAAGGUGUAUUGGAGUUUCUGCAAUUGAUAAAAUAUGUAUGUGGCUCUUAUGAUACUGAGGAGGGUUUUCGUUCAUUGGAAAAGAUUAUAUCUGAGCAUGAAGUAGCAAAAAACAGUGCAGAAGGAUCAUCUCGAAGACUAUUUUACUUGGCACUUCCUCCCUCCGUAUAUCCUUCUGUCUGCAAAAUGAUCAAGGAUUGUUGCACGAACAAAUCUGAUCUUGGUGGAUGGACUCGGAUUGUUGUUGAGAAGCCUUUUGGCAAGGAUCUAGCUUCGGCUGAGGAGCUUAGUUCCCAGAUUGGAGAGUUGUUUGAUGAAGCGCAAAUUUACCGCAUUGAUCAUUAUUUGGGAAAGGAAUUGGUGCAGAAUUUGUUGGUACUUCGUUUUGCUAAUCGCUUCUUUUUGCCGCUUUGGAAUCGUGACAACAUUGAUAAUGUACAGAUUGUGUUUAGAGAGGAUUUCGGAACAGAAGGUCGUGGUGGCUAUUUUGAUGAAUAUGGGAUCAUCCGUGAUAUUAUUCAGAACCAUCUGUUGCAGGUUCUUUGCCUGGUUGCCAUGGAGAAGCCUGUUUCUCUCAAGUCCGAGCACAUCCGAGAUGAGAAAGUGAAGGUUCUUCAAUCCGUUGUGCCAAUUAAAGAUGAAGAGGUUGUUCUUGGACAAUAUGAAGGCUAUACAGAUGACUCCACUGUUCCUGACAACUCGAAUACUCCCACUCUUGCUACUAUGAUUCUGCGUAUACAUAACGAAAGAUGGGAAGGUGUUCCCUUCAUACUCAAGGCAGGGAAAGCAUUAAAUUCAAGAAAGGCAGAAAUACGUGUUCAAUUUAAGGAUGUUCCUGGUGAUAUAUUCAGAU